CCGAUCGAGCCGAGCGGAGGCGCGGAGGCUCGCCGAGCGGAGAGUGUCACAAUCGCGUUUCGAGUGCGGAGCCGUGGAGAACAAUGGUCGUGCGCCGGUGUGAUUUACCGUUUCUCGCUGCCGUUACCGUCGUCGUCGCCGUCGCCGUCAAGGGCGGCCGCGCUCUGUAAGGAACAGCGCGUCGAGCGCGCGCAGAAACAGCGCGGGGUACAGGGAGAGAGAGAGAGAGAGAGAGAGAGAGAGAGAGAAAGAGAGAGAGGAAGGAUUGGUAUUCGCGGACGCGUGGAGACGCAACAGAAUGUUCGGUCCUCUCGCGAACGUAAGCGCGCGGCACCGAGACUGGAUGUAAUAUCCGAGAGUUACGCCGCGCGUUCCUCUUCACUUCUGCGGUACACGCCUCCUCCUUCACGGGCAUGUCAGCGCGCUGAGCCAAAAUGGCAGCCACGUUAACCGCCGAGCAGGAGCAAGCUACGAAGGAAUUUAUAGAAGCUGUGAAUAGAUGUAGAGCCGGUAGACGAGCUGGGCCAGUAUCCUGGAGCACAGCGGUCAAGUUUCUAGCGGCACGGAAGUUUGAGGUUCAACGAGCGUUAGCUCUGUACGAGCAGCACGAGGCCACUAGGAAGAGAGAGGGAUUAGCAGUCCUAUAUCCUACUCAGGAACCCCUGCUCAGUGAACUAUACACGGGAAAAUUUACUGUCCUGCCAUCAAGGGACGCAACAGGUGCAGCGAUAGCCAUUUUCACAGCGCAUUUGCAUCUUCCACAGAAUACCACGCAUCAAACAACUCUGCAAGGUGUUGUAUAUCAAUUAGACGCUGCCCUGGAAAGCGCAGAAACGCAGAAGCAUGGACUAGUUUUUAUUUAUGACAUGUCCGACAGCAAGUAUCAGAAUUUUGAUUACGACCUAUCGCAGAAAAUUCUGACACUUCUAAAGGGCGGCUAUCCAGCGAAGUUAAAAAAGGUCUUGAUAGUAACGGCGCCGUUGUGGUUUAAAGCGCCCUUCAAGAUCCUCCGAUUAUUUGUUCGUGAAAAAUUGAGGGACCGAGUGUUCACAGUAUCUAUCCCUCAACUGACGUUGCAUAUCCCGCGAGAAUCAUUGCCACAUCGUUUAGGCGGCACGUUGGAGGUACAGCAUGAAGCUUGGCUACUACAUUGUCUUAAAUCCAUGACGAACCGAAGUGGGGGUGAGCUGUGCGAGGUCACCCCAAGAGUAGGUACACCUGUAUCGCCCACGGCGAACGAUAAUACGAUUCAUCAAAAUCCGAAUGGAACUACAACGCAUAGCAGUUCGACUAGUCCUAUAAUCGAUAAGAACAAACAGGUGAAAAAUGGUGUGUCGAAUAUCGGCGACAUUGAGAUCACCACCGCGAAUGCUGACGCUUGGAUCGGAACCGAUGAGGCGCCAUCCCCAGUUCAGCCUCCGUCCUCAGCAAGUUCUGGUUUUAGCGACGACGAUAGUCUUCACGGUGAUCCUGGACUUCAGGCUGUGACCAUGGAGCAGUUUAUAGCCGAUAUACAUUCGCGAGGACGCGAUGGUCUCAUAGCGGAAUACGCGGAAAUUAGACAAAGACCGCCAGAUGGUUCAUUUAAUAAUGCAAAGUUAAGGUCUAAUCAAUCAAAGAAUCGCUACACCGAUGUGCUUUGUUACGAUCACAGCAGAGUCUGCCUUUCACAAAUAGACGGAGAUGCGACGUCUGAUUACAUAAAUGCAAAUUUCGUUGACGGUUACAAACAGAAGAAUGCAUUUAUCAGUACUCAGGGUCCUCUUCCGAAAACCUGCGGUGAUUUUUGGAGGAUGGUUUGGGAACAGCAAACGCUAGUUGUCGUCAUGACUACGAGAGUGGUGGAAAGAGGACGUACAAAAUGUGCACAAUAUUGGGGCCCGGAACCAGGUGAUGAAGUACAAGCGGGUGGCUUCACCGUAACCACCCUCGAAGUUGAUACAAAUCCAGAUUAUACAAUAUCCAUGCUUCUUCUUACAAACAAUAAGACUGAUGAGACGAGAGAGGUUUGCCAUAUGCUGUACACGGUGUGGCCAGAUUAUGGUGUUCCUCAGUCGGCUAAGGCUUUAUUGCAGUUCUUGGCCUUAGUCAGGCAACAGCAGAGCAAAUUGCUCACUAGCAGAGGAGACACAUGGGCUGGACAUCCGCGAGGACCACCCAUAGUUGUACAUUGUAGCGCUGGCAUCGGAAGAACAGGUACAUUUUGCACUUUGGAUAUUUGCAUAUCGCGACUAGAGGACACCGGUACCGUAGACAUACGAGGAACUGUCGAGAAGAUUAGAGCACAGAGGGCCUACAGUAUUCAAAUGCCAGAUCAGUACGUUUUUUGCCAUCGUGCUUUGGCGGAAUACGCGCUUUCCAAAGGGAUGCUCAGUGCGCAGCAUCUCUCCAUGUUACCUCCACCGAUCGAAGAGGAUUCUGAUUAAAAGAGUAACGAGUUCUGCUAUCAUAUACCGGAUUGAUGUUCUUCCCGAGUAUGCGUGUGUAUGUGUAUAUAUAUAUUAUAUAAUCCUUAAAAUAGCCUAUUUUUACCUUAAAUGACUGAAAGUUAUUUUUUGCUAUUGUAUCCAUCGAUGUAACGAUUGAACUUCUUGCUAUUACGUCAGUCUUAAAAUUCUCAUGAAGCCGAAUUGGUCUUUUUUUCAAUAUCAAAUAAGCGAACAGGGAAUAUAUUUCACAUUCCUGUUUUUCGUGUUCUAGCAAAUUCUAUGUAAAGGUGCAAAAAGCACUGAGCAAAGAUAAAUAUUUUACUAGCAUAAGAAUCUGGCAUAAAUAUUUUUAUGGAGCCUUUUUAACUCUCUCAAAUAUUAUGAUCUAAAUUUUUUAAUUUUUUUUACAAAAUUUUUGAAAAUUUAAAUUAGUGCGAAAUGAGAUGUGAUUUCUAAUUACAAAUAAUUAUCAUAUAGCCUAAAUGUUAAUUUAUUAUAUCGAUAAUUUAACUUUCUGUAAUUGAUGAAUUAUAAUUUCUAAUUUCUACAAUAAUACGUACGAAAAAUAUAUGCAUGAGAGAUUAUAAAUGAUUUGAGAGAGUUUUGAAUUGCCGAUCUGAAAAAGAGAAAAAAUAUCGACAUAUAUAUAUAUAUACAUAUAUAUAUACAUAACUUUAAAAAUUAUAUGAAAAUAUGAAUGUGAUUAUAUACAUUAUGUAGUUCACAAAUUAUUACGAAUGUGGUUUGACAGUGGCCAUAAUAUAGCCACAAUUAUUUAAGAUUUUGAGAUUUAGAAGUAUUACAACGUACGAUAUAUGAAACGGCUUCUGCCUUACCGAAAUGUAGAUUAUUUUACAAAUUUAGAAAAUCGAAAUUUUUAAAUGUACGUAAAAUUUGGUUAUAUAUACAAUCGCGCAAGGAAAAGAAAUUCCGUUUUACAGGGAUUACCAAUCAGGGAUCAUAUUGUAGAUUAAAUAAUUUCCGACGCGACUAAAAACAAAUGACGAAGCCUAACGAGUACAAGGCUUUAAAAAUUAAUUAAGCCUUUACUUUAGUCAAAUAAACUUCGAAUUGACAUCAGGUAAUUAUAUGUAUACAUACAUAUAUAUGUCUAUAAACACACAUACAUAUAUGUAUAUAUAUAGUUAUACACAUAUAUACAUAUACGCUUCAUUAUGAAAAUCGUAACGAUUAAAAAUCGUAUAUACUUGCAAGCAUCAAACGUUUGAAGACAUUUUAAAACCUAGAUAUAAAUAAAGUCUUAAUUAACACACGACUAGGUAAAUUUUACCUUCAACGGAUACUGCAAUCUAAUAAUAAUUGAAAAAAAGAAUGCAACUAAAUACGAGAAAAAGUUUAGAAACAUUCUAGAUCAUAUGCGAUUUAAAUACUAAUUGAUUUUGUACGUAAUUGUGACAUAAUUAUUCUUUAGACAUCUUAUAUUCCCAAGGUAUUGCAAGUGGCGUAUAAAUAUCUUUAACUCAACAUUUAUUCUAAUAAUAUGAUUGACAAGUGAAACGCAUGGAGAGAGUUUCAAAUAAUGCUACUUUCGAAAUUUUUUGAUUGCUUUUCGAUUAUUACGAACUUUUAAGUGUGUACAUGUAACCUUGGGUAAAACAUUGUGUCCGAUCUGUGUUACUUGUUCCAAUAAGUACUCGAAUCGUUUAUCCGUUGAAUGUGUACGAGACCUCUGCAAGGAAAUUGCAAUGUAUGUGACGAGUCUUCUUGCACCGGUCGCUCGAUGUUUGAUGAAUUACGAACUUUAUUGUGGGCUAUUAUGAUAUUAAUAUAUUGUAAAGCAUUGUGAUAGUCGGUAGAAGUCUCCGAAAAUUCGUAUCUCUAUUCUUCCAAGUACUGCCAUUGCCAACUACGCUACUUUCUAUUUCUAAUCACGCUGAGCUAAAUUUUUCGCGGCAUAAUCACGGUAUGGCUAAAUUGCCGUACAUAUACACACACACACACACACACACACACACACACAACUAACUGAUUUUGUAAUAAUUUAUUAAUAUUGGGUUAGGACAUGAUAUAUAUAUAUAUAUAUAUAUAUAUAUAUAUAUAUAUAUAUAUAUAUAUAUAGUGACGUAACUAUUGGUAUCGAAACGAUAAACAUGUAUAGGAUGCAAAAUCCCUUGAUUGGGAUUUUCCUGUUUUCACGUGCAAGGUAUUUGGAAAAACGUGCCUUAACGCGCCGCAGCGAAAAACGUUUGCGAGAGACCUAUUGCGGACGUUCGUACUUACAAUUAGUUUAUCGCGAAGUCUUCCGCUGUAGCGUUUCGUAAAACGAAUUUCCGAACAUCUUGUGCAAUUCUAUAGUUUCAUGCAGAGCGUCGUAAGAUUUUAUUUUCGGCAGGACGAUAACGAGCGAACUGUUGAAAACGUCUUCGAAUUUUAUACGAAAUACAUACGCGCUGGUGUACCACAAGGAAGCUUAGUCACGUUUUAAAUAAGUUAACCAUACUUGGACGUAAUAUUUAUAUAAGUUCCUCCUACCCUUAGGUUACCUAUAAAGGGCAUAUUACCGAUAUUGAUUUAUUAUGUUGUAUUACGUUUAUGUAAUCUAUUAUAAUCAACACUACCCUUUUUGUAUUUAUCCUAGCUAUUUAUUGUAUCGAUUGGUUUAAAUUAAUCUCCAUGUGAUGUAUAUAUGCGCACAUAACUAUCAUGUAUUUCUUAAUUUCCACUCUUAAGUGGCAUUCGUUUAGCGUUCUUUUUUUUUAUCUAUAUUUUUGGGGGGAAAUCCUUUUUGUACGAAGAAAUGGAAAUCUAAAUCGACCGUCUCGAUCAAGUGUGAAUGUACAGUGCGAUUUUAUAGCUACUUUGCGUGUGCCUCCCCUCUCGCAUCAUAAUAUGUUAGCGAUGGAUCAAGCGCCCGUACGUCAAUGAAAGUCGUCAGGACGGGUACCAAAGUUUCUCAUAUAACGGACUUACUGACGAAACGAUUAAUUAACGCGGAAUAACCAAGUGUAAUUGUAAUACGCGAAUGCACCCGAGUGCAUGUUAGGCUUUGGAACUGAGGGUAGGUAGUUUAAAGUAAUCGACUCAACAGUAUUAUACCUCAUUAAAUGUUCGCGAUUCUUCUCGCCAAAUCGAUUUUCUUUCGCCGACGUAAGUGCGUCGGAUAGUUAGGAUUUAUUGUCCACCUUUCCAUAUAUAUUCAAAGUUUCCUUCUUGUUUGAAGGGAAACUUUGAAUACAUAUGCAAAUAGAUGAACUGAAUGAGAAUAAAGAUGAUCAAUUUAAUAGAUUAUUACGAUGAAGUCUAAGCGAAAGAAAUUUAUCAGAGGGGGAGAAUACGAGGAAGAUCUUACGCUAAUAUAUACGCGAAAAACGUAGUGGACUGUAAUUCUUAAACUUCCGAUAUACUUUCAUUCCUUCAACGCGUUUUAAGUUGCGAACUUGUACCAUUGUUGCUACUGUCUUGCGAUUCGUUUCGGUAAUUUGCACCUGUAACGUACUCGCUAUUUGUAGACCUUGACAAUUCGUCGCCGAUGUUACACGUCUCUAUAUCGAGGUAUUGAUGAAGGGGGUUGAUAUAAUCGAUUAAUUAUUUAACGUGAUAGACACCCACUUUUGUAUUGACAUUUAACGCGAUAUUAAAAAUGCGAUGCGCAAUGUGAAGAGAGAUGCAACAGAGGAAGCCGAUGUUUUAUGUGUAUAUCUGGUGUAUGCGACACGUGUCAUAAUAAUUAAGAUUCUCACGAGAUGAAGAAAACGAUUGUUAAAAUAUUACGAAAAUGGAGAAAGUAAAGCAGCGAAGGAAAGAAAAAAGUGUAUAUAAAAAAUGAUGACUUUAAAUUACUAUCGCACACAUGAUUGUAUCUAAUUAAUAAUUAUUUAAUAUAUUGCAAAUAUAAAUGGUACAAA